UCAGUUGUCUUUUUGAGAUUCAAUUUAGUUUUUAGUGAAUAUAUUAAAAACAACAACCGAAACAGGUGAUGGAAACAUAAACUAAUAAAGAUGAAGUCCGUGUUGACUUAUAUACGCGGUCUUCUUGGUUGGGUUGAUGAAAAUCCAACCCUUAGGACAAGUUUCAAACGCGACAGGGCCGACGAUGAAUACUCUUCAGAUGAAGAAUUACCAGCAUUAAAGCGCGUUAAACAGUUAAAAAGAACAAACUUCCCAGAUAUUAUGACUUCAAAAGAUUCAGUUUCUUGGGAGAAAAAUGGAAAAAAUAGUAAAACCGUUUGUUAUGUGCCAAUACAAUUGGAGGCUGGUCACCCGAGUACAUCAACUCCAAUUGAACCUGUGAAUCAGGGGAGCAGGAUCCGAAAUGUACCAAUUAAAUACAUACCAGUAUUGGAGAAUGGAUCAGGGACUCCAACACGGAAACCAAGGAUACACACACCAGUGCGCCCAGUCAUUAAUUGCGCUGAUGAUGAUGAUGAUGAUGAUGAGGUUACUCUAGUAGAAGCGAAUCCAGAAAGAGUGACGAAAAAGGCUCCUAGAGUUUACAUCCUCGAUGAUGACGAUGAAGACAAUCAAAAUGAAGGAGAUGAUGUCAUAUUUGUCAAGAAAAUUUCAAGACCACCAUCAGUAAAACCAUGCAUCAUUCGUAAUCAAGACGUUCCCGACAGCACUGCAAUAGAUCCUGUUUUCUAUAGACUGAAAAAAACAGACAGAUCUUCCCUAUCCCCUAAAACAUUUAACAAAUACAAAAACUUAACCGGCAUCAGUAAACCAUACAAGAAGGUGACUCAAAUUCCAAAAUGGAUGCACACAGGCAAAUCCACGAAUCUCUCCUACUCUAAAAAUAGGUUAUUAGGCUUAAAUGGAGCAAGAACGACUUUAUCAGAAGUUUUUAAUCUAGAUGAGAAAAGGAAUUAUCAAGAAUUAAUAAGAAAAGUUUCAGAGAAUGUUCAACCUAGGAAGACAAGUAAACCGAUAGACAUUGUAAACUUAGCAGAAGAGUCAGAAGCAUUCCGGUUAACAAAACGAACACAGAAGAAUUCUUUAAACGAAAUUAAGUUUGUAGAGAAAGGCUUAGCAGCUGAAAAAGAAAGUGAUGCGACAAAAGAAUAUGACCCUAUCACUGUUGCUUCGAUAAACUCAUCUGAUUCUGAGAUAGAGGUUGUUCCAUCUGAGUCAUCAACUUCGUCUUCUUAUAAAAUAGAACCAAUUAAUACCCUGCUGGAUUCAUUCAAAGAAAAGGCUGUGAUAGCAGAUGAUUGGUUAUCAAAAAUCAAUCUAAAAUACAAGAAUAGAGAUUUGAACACCAAGGAGAAGUUAAGAGAAGCUCAUAGAGAGUCAGAGAUAAUAACUAAAGUAAUAAGGGAACAGAAAUUUGCUCAUUUAGAGAACAAAUUGAAAUAUGAAUUGAGCAUACCAGAGAGUUUAUUUGAGGAGCCCCAGCCAGUAGUGGAGCUACCAACUCUCACAGCUCAGCAAGAGCAGAUGGUGAACAAAGCACUUGGGCCGGGACCAGCAGGACAAAUACUCGUUGAGAAGUUUAAUUUAAGGAUAUCAAGACGGGAUCUCCAAACGCUCUCUGGUCUAAAUUGGCUGAAUGAUGAGGUGAUAAACUUCUAUAUGAACCUGUUAAUGCAGCGAAGCCAGGAUAACAAAGACUUGCCAAAAGUGUACGCCGCAAAUACGUUUUUCUAUCCUAAACUGAUGCAGAGCGGACAAGCUGGAUUGCGGCGGUGGACUAGAAAGGUGGACAUAUUCUCGAACGAUCUUAUGAUAGUUCCGGUACAUCUUGGUGUCCACUGGUGUCUCAGCAUUGUGGACUUUGGAGCCAAGAAGGUAUCCUACCUGGACUCCAUGGGAGGACGGAACCAGGCCUGUCUGGACGCAUUGCUGCAGUACUUGCGUGAUGAACAUAAAGAUAAAAAGGGACAGCCCUUUGAUGACAGUGGAUGGAAGACUGAAUGCCUCUCUAAGGACAUCCCGCAGCAGAUGAACGGCAGCGACUGCGGCAUGUUCGCGUGCACGUUCGCGGAGUUCCGCGCCCGCAACGCGCCCUACUGCUUCUCGCAGGCCGACAUGUCGCGCCUGCGCAGGAAGGCCGCGCUCGAGAUCCUCACCGGCACCCUGCUGCUGUGAACCCUCCUCCACCCCGGCACACCCCGGCACACCCCGGGUCGCACGUGCGGCACGACGCGCCCUCUGCCGAGCUGUGUACGCAGUA